CAACAACUCGGGUCCAUUCUUUUACUCUACACUGAUACACACCAGAUAGUACCCGUUCCAAGCACGAUCUUCAUAAUUGAAUAGCGAAUACACAAUUACCACAAAUGGUAAGUGUAAUGGCGAAGGAAGAAGUGUCUGAGUUUCUCGGUUGCGUUCCUCUGCUGCAGAGGCUUCCUAGCUUGUCUGUAAGGAAGAUAUCUGAACUCGUUGUUGUCAAACACUAUGAGCCAGGAGAGUAUGUUGUCCGUGAGGGUGAACCCGGGGAUGGUCUUUACUUCAUUUUGGAGGGAGAGGCAGAAGUUGUUGGAUCUGUUAGUGCUGAUGACGAAAAUCAUCCCGAGUUUCAAUUGAAAAGAUAUGAUUAUUUUGGUUUCGGUUUAUCAAAUGCAGUUCAUCCUGCUGAUGUCGUAGCUUUGACUAAGCUAUCAUGCUUAGUGUUGCCACUUGAGCACUCAGCACUGCUACAGCCAAAGUCUAUCUGGAGUGCCGAAAAGUCUGUUGAAACAUGCUCACCUGUGGAGAAUAUAUUGCAUUUGGAUCCCAUAGAGGUAGAUAUCUUCCGAGGAAUCACCCCUCCAGAUGCUCCAAAAUUUGGGAAGGUGUUUGGGGGACAGUUAGUUGGACAGGCACUGGCUGCAGCAUCAAAAUCUGUUGAUUGUCUUAAACUUGUUCAUAGCUUGCAUGCCUAUUUUCUUCUUGUGGGGGAUUUUAACAUACCAAUUAUUUAUCAAGUUAGUCGUCUCCGUGAUGGGAAGAGCUUUGCCACAAGGAAAGUGGAUGCAGUUCAAAAGGGAAAUGUUAUAUUCACGUUACUGGCUUCAUUUCAGAAAGAAGAACUAGGGUUUGAGCAUCAGGAAGCAUCUAUCCCAUCUGUCCCUGCUCCAGAUGCUCUUCUAUCAAUGGAAGAGUUACGAGAGCAACGUUUAACUGACCCUCGUCUUCCUAGAACUUACCGGAACAAAGUUGCUACUGCUGAAUUCAUUCCAUGGCCCAUAGAGAUACGGUUCUGUGAACCGAAAGCAUCAACAAAUCAGACUAAAUCUCCUCCUAGUUUGAGAUACUGGUUUCGAGCAAAAGGAAAACUGUCUGAUGAUCAGGCCUUGCAUCGUUGUGUGGUUGCAUAUACUUCAGAUCUAAUAUUUCUUCAAGUAAGUGUGAAUCCCCAUCGUCGUAAAGGCUUAAAGGCACGUGCUGUGAGUCUGGACCACUCCGUGUGGUUUCACAGACUUGUAAGAGCUGAUGACUGGAUACUAUUCGUGAUCUUUGCUCCUACUGCCUCUAAUGCUCGUGGCUUUGUUACUGGCCAAAUGUUCAAUCAGAAGGGAGAGCUUCUUGUAUCAUUGGUUCAAGAAGGUCUAAUGAGGAAGAUUAGUCCCGAAAAUCCAGCGUUCAAAUCCAAGUUGUGAACAGCUGAGAAUGCAGGGGUACAUGUAGCCUUCACUUUAGUUCUAUUUUGUUUCGCGGUGCUAGGCCAGGAGGGGUCUUGGUUGUCUGCUUUUAUUAUUUACAUGUCUUCAAGAUUUUCCUGCUAUGUAGGUCUAUUGAAGUUUUAUUAGCAAUGUAAUACAUGAUUUGUACAUAUCUGCCUAAAUUAUCAGCUGUUAAAAUUCCUUUAUAUUUGGCAGAGACGAAAAUAAAAGGGACAAUGGAGGGUGAGCAAUUGAAAAUUGACCGUGUUGUAUGAUA